GGACUGCAGGCCUGAGGAUGGACUGCAUCUCCCAGCAGGCUUGGGUGUACCACACCCCUCCCAGCAAGCACUGACUCAUCGCAGACUUUUAACUAGUCCAGUGCUGGUUUCCAAGGGGUUUCUGAAGUGUCUGGUGGUUCUGGGGUGAGGGUGAGGUUCCUGGGGUGAUGGCCUAGGGCAUAGAAGGCCCAGGCCAAAUCUGUGGGCCUGGCAUAGCUUGCUGCGACUCCUUCCUGUCAGUGUCCUGGCAUCACCCCACUUUCCUGGUGCAAACUCCUAAGCCCUCCUCUUUCCCUAUGCAGCCUCCCUUCUAGAAUCCAGGCUUCCCGCCCCCGGCUAGAGCCCAUCCCACUCUGCUCUCUGGCUGCAAAAGCUUCGGUCUUCAUCCCGAGUCUGCCCUCAAGGGUGUCCCCUUUGGUCUGGCAGCUCACUUUAAACGGCGCGGGGACUACAUCUCCCAGCGGCCCCGGGCCUUCCUGACGCAGCCCCCCCUUUCAGCCCGCGGGGAGGUGCGGGCCGGGCGGGGGGAGGUGACUUGAUGUCAUCCUGAGCAGCUGGGCGGCGGGUGCCGGUGCGCACGGAGCCGAGCCGGGGCUCCCGCUGCGCUGCACCGCGUUGGGUCGGAGUCCCAGGACUUCAGCGGAGAUCCGCGCGCUGCGACGGCCGGUGCAGAGCCCGCCGAGCGCCCAGUCCCGGCCCGGGGCUGAGUUGGGGGCAUGCUCUAGCCCCCCCGGAGCCCGGGAGAGAACCCAGGAGCGCCGCCGCCCAGCCCCAGCGCCCCGAGCGGAACCGCUGCGAAGGGGCCCUGAACGGCCGUCGCCCUCCCUAGGGGCAGCCCCCGGGGGUUGGCGACCGAAGUCUGGGUUUUCGAGAAAGCCAGGGUGGGAACCCUAACUGGACUCUUCAGGACCCCCAGGAAGGAUCUGAGGCCUGAGCCAUCCUCCUUUCUACUCUGCCUGCCCCCCAGGACUGGGCAGUUGCAGGAGGCCCUGGGGGGGGGCCCAGGACUGUGGUUGUGCCCCCCCCCCCCCCACGCCUGGACAGGAUGGGACCAAGUUAGUCUGUCCAGUCUCACCCAGCACCUCCCAGGCCCAGAGAGAACCCCCGGGGCUCUGAAAGCUUGACCUGCUGCCUGACCGCCAUGGAGACGAAGCUGCCCCCUGCAAGCACUCCCACUAGCCCCUCCUCCCCCGGGCUGUCGCCUGUGCCCCCACCCGACAAGGUGGACGGCUUCUCCCGCCGUUCCCUCCGCAGAGCCCGGCCCCGCCGCUCCCACAGCUCCUCUCAGUUCCGCUAUCAGAGCAACCAGCAGGAGCUCACGCCGCUGCCCCUGCUCAAAGAUGUGCCGGCUUCGGAGCUGCAUGAGCUGCUGAGCCGGAAGCUGGCCCAGUGUGGGGUGAUGUUUGACUUCUUGGACUGUGUGGCCGACCUCAAGGGGAAGGAGGUGAAGCGGGCAGCCCUCAAUGAGCUGGUGGAGUGCGUGGGGAGCACCCGGGGUGUCCUCAUCGAGCCCGUCUACCCAGACAUCAUCCGCAUGAUCUCAGUGAAUAUCUUCCGGACUCUGCCGCCCAGUGAGAACCCUGAAUUUGACCCUGAAGAGGAUGAGCCCAACCUUGAGCCUUCGUGGCCACACCUGCAGCUGGUAUAUGAGUUUUUCCUGCGUUUCUUGGAGAGCCCAGACUUCCAGCCCUCCGUGGCCAAGAGAUAUGUGGAUCAAAAGUUUGUCCUGAUGCUCCUGGAGCUAUUUGAUAGCGAGGACCCCCGGGAGCGUGAGUACCUCAAGACCAUCCUGCACCGGGUCUACGGCAAGUUCCUGGGUCUCCGGGCCUACAUCCGCAAACAGUGCAACCACAUCUUCCUCCGGUUCAUCUAUGAAUUCGAGCACUUCAAUGGUGUGGCUGAGCUGCUGGAGAUCCUAGGAAGCAUCAUCAAUGGCUUUGCGCUGCCCCUGAAGACAGAGCACAAGCAGUUCCUGGUUCGCGUCCUGAUCCCCCUGCACUCUGUCAAGUCGCUGUCUGUCUUCCAUGCCCAGCUGGCAUACUGUGUGGUGCAGUUCCUGGAGAAGGAUGCCACUCUGACGGAGCACGUGAUCCGGGGGCUGCUCAAAUACUGGCCAAAAACCUGCACCCAGAAGGAGGUGAUGUUUCUGGGGGAGAUGGAAGAGAUUCUUGAUGUCAUCGAGCCCUCCCAGUUUGUGAAGAUCCAGGAGCCCCUUUUUAAGCAGGUGGCUCGCUGUGUUUCCAGCCCCCAUUUCCAGGUUGCAGAGCGGGCUCUGUAUUUCUGGAACAAUGAGUAUAUCCUAAGCCUCAUUGAGGACAACUGCCAUACUGUGCUGCCUGCUGUGUUUGGGACCCUCUACCAAGUCUCCAAGGAGCACUGGAACCAAACCAUCGUAUCACUGAUCUACAAUGUGCUCAAGACCUUCAUGGAGAUGAAUGGGAAGCUGUUUGAUGAGCUCACAGCCUCCUACAAGCUGGAAAAGCAGCAGGAGCAGCAGAAGGCCCAGGAGCGUCAGGAGUUAUGGCAAGGUCUGGAGGAGCUGCGGCUACGCCGGCUACAGGGGACCCAGGGGGCCAAGGAGGCCCCCCUCCAGCGGCUUACACCCCAGGUGGCCACCAGUGGGGGUCAGAGCUAGACAGCACCUCAGAAGGGGAGAAGCUAAACCCAGAGCUGUCAGUCCCUCUAUCCCUUCUCCUGUCCAGGGGCCCAGAGAGAAACACACCUACCCCUGGCCUUGCCAGAGUGGCUUCUGAGGACUCCCUGCCCAGCCCAGCUUUCACUGGGGGGAGACAAGGAGAGGCAAUGGUGGUCUUGGCAACAGAAUGCUCAGCCCCUCGUGGCAGGACUUGACAAGGGCAAGCUUGACCAGGAAGCUGCCAUCAGGGAUCUUCCCCUGCCCCACAAAGCUGGGCUCCGACUGCAGGCGGGCUCCCACCCUCUGCUUCUGGCCUUGGGCAAGGGCACUCAGCGCCUCGCCUGCCCCUGCCUCGGCCAACACGAGGUCCUUCCUCAUCCCCACCAUGGGGUCCAUGGUCUAUUUAUUCUCGCCCAGCUCACCCUCUACACAGACACUGUCCUGGGUGCACACUCCUCCCUUCCCUCGCUGUGUACUUCCUUGUCCCCUUUUUAUUUAUUGGGCAGGGGGAGGGUGAGGGCACAGGCAAGAAGAGAUUCACAGUGUCCUGGGGUGAGGGGGGGUUCACAGUAAUCAUGGUCUACCCCUCUUUCCCUGGCUGGGGGUAGUCUUAAUAAAGAGAGAAAUUCAAGAA